AUGAAAUCCAUUACUACGUUUCUUGUGGCUUCCGCGACCGUGAUGGGCGCGAUGGCUGUGCCUGGUGAAUACCACAAGCGACAUGAUAAACGCCAAACCAUCACCUCCAGCACGACCGGAACUAGCGGUGGAUACUACUAUGAAUUCUGGACCAAUGGUGGUGGUACCGUUGAUUAUACCAACGGCGAUUCGGGCGAGUACAGCGUCACCUGGGAGGACUGUGGUGACUUCACCUCCGGCAAGGGAUGGGAAACUGGUAGCGACCGCGAUAUCACCUUCGAAGGUACUUUCAGUCCUUCCGGAAACGCAUACUUGUCCGUCUAUGGAUGGACUACCAGCCCACUCGUCGAGUACUAUAUCCUCGAGAACUACGGCGAUUAUAACCCCGGUAGUGCCAUGACCUACAAGGGAACUGUUACCAGUGAUGGCUCCGUUUACGAUAUCUACGAGCACCAGCAGGUCGAUCAGCCCUCUGUUAGUGGUACUGCGACCUUCAACCAAUACUGGUCGAUUCGCCAGGAUACCCGGUCUAGUGGUACUGUUACCACUGCCAAUCACUUUAAUGCUUGGGCCGAUCUUGGAAUGGAUAUUGGUACUACCUUCAACUACCAGAUUGUUUCUACUGAGGGUUAUGAGAGCAGCGGAUCGUCCACCAUUACUGUUUCUUGA